AUGGGUUGUCUAACAUGUGUUCAAGUGUUAAACAUUAUGGUGCUCCUCGGCUUCAUGCUGAACUACGCUCUUCGAGUAAACCUGACCAUCGCUAUCGUGGAGAUGAUCUUCGACGACAAGACCAACCAUACUGUUGCAGCACAUCCGGAACACAUAGAACAGACCCGAUACCUAUGGAGCACAAAGCAGAAGAAUCUUCUACUAGGAUGUUUCUUCUGGGGAUACGUGCUCACAGAAGUACCAGGUGGCAGACUGGCAGAGGUCAUAGGAGCUCGAUUGGACGUAUUUGCUUUGUCUUCUACCAGGCGAGUGUUCGGCUAUAGCACUCUUCUAGCCAGCGUCUUAACCCUCUUGUCGCCUGGAGCCGCAGCAGCCGGGUUCGGCUGGAUAGUCGCCCUUCGAGUAGUCCUCGGCUUCUUACUUGGCGCGACAUGGCCGGCCAUCCUCCCCAUGGCCUCGAAAUGGAUCCCCCCGAUGGACAGAUCAAAAUUCAUGUCCAACAUGAUGGCUUCGUCCCUGGGUGCAGCAAUAACUAUGCCUAUCUGUGGUUUUCUGAUUGCACACUUCGGUUGGGAGUCGGCGUUUUAUUUCACCGGUAUAAUUGGAGUGAUGUGGUCGGUGGCAUGGUUCGCUGUGGUGUAUGACUCACCAGCUCAGCAUCCGCGCAUCUCAGACUCUGAGAGAAACUUCUUGCUGAAGGUACUCCCACUGGACACUGGAAAACAGCAUACCUCAGUCCCCUGGCGUCACCUCAUAACGUCUCCACCUGUUUGGGCCAUCGUGAUAACUCAUGGCGCUUCUGUCUUCGGAUACUUCACUGUGGUCAACCAGCUACCCACAUAUGUCGAGAGCAUCCUGCACUACAGUAUUAAACAAAACGGUCUCCUGUCAUCCCUGCCGUACCUUGGUAAAUACCUCUGCGCCCUGGCGUCCUCGGUGCUGGCCGACUCCCUCCGACGCAGCGGCCGCCUCUCCACCACAGCUGCUAGGAAACUCUUUACUGGAUUCGCUGUUGGAUUACCUGGUGUAAUGAUGAUCGCCCAGGCAUUCUUCGGUCACGACAGAAUUUGGUCGAUCGCUAUCUUCACGAUGGCUCUGACUAUCAAUGGAGCUGUCACCGCUGGCUACCUCGGUAAUGGACUGGAUAUUGCACCGAAAUUUAGUGGUACAAUCUUUGGCAUUGCGAAUACGCUCUCCUCAUUCGGCGGCUGGCUCUCCACGUUUAUGGUCGGCGAACUGACUAAGGAACAUAAUACAUACGAACAGUGGCAAAUAGUUUUCUUCAUACUCGCCGGUACAUACAUAUUUGGUGCUUUAACCUUCGUAUUAUUCGGUUCCGGUGAACUACAGCCAUGGAACCAACCGAAACAAACCGAAGCCACUGAGAAACAAGAGGAACAACCGCUAAACGAAGAAAAAGUUUAAAAUUAAGGUAGUUUUACAAAUUGACCUAUAAGACUGCAAAUAUACACCCAGCGCCAUCUAUACGUAGUGUUGUAAAAUAAUUAACGCCAUCUAGCGGUGGCGGUUUAAAAUAAGUAGUUUUGAUAAACGUAGCACAAAACUUACGAAACAUAAUCUCAACUGAACUAUUUCUUGAUUAAUCUAAUAAAAGUUCUACAUAUUUAAAAUAAUAAAUACGGAAUUAAACACACUGAUAUUAAACUUUUAAACGAAUGAAGACAGAAAUUCGUUUAUUGGUUAUAUUGAUUUCAGUAAAUUAAAAAUAUCGCAAAAUUUACAACCAAAUACGAUUAUAGGUGAAAUAUACAAUUUGUAAAAUAAAAUAUUAUAUAAAAUUUGCAGACUGAAUUUAUGAAAAAUUUGAUUCAUUAAUUUUUUUAUAUUAAAAUUAAUGAAUCGAUUUACUUUACAUUUUAAAACCUCCUUGUUUAAUUUUAAAAUAAUAAAAAAAAAAAAUUAAAAAAUAAAUCUCCCAAAAUUAGACAAGGUGGUUUAAAAGCAAUUUUAAAUAUUCUUAGAACAUAAAUAUUGUUAAGACUUGGUGGGCAAAUUAUUGAAACAAUAUAUGAAACUAAAAGAAUUACUAUAUUUUUUCAGUAAGGAAACAAAAUAUGGUUAAAUUUUUUUCUUAGAUGUCUAAAUAUUUUGCCCGCCAAACUUAAUAUUAUCUAUGGUAAAUAU